AUGAGUAGCACGAUAUUUUAUCGCUUUAAAUCCCAGCGAAACACAUCAAGAAUUUUAUUCGAUGGUACCGGCCUGACAGUAUUUGACUUGAAAAGAGAAAUUAUUCAAGAGAACAAACUAGGCGAUGGCACUGAUUUUCAAUUAAAAAUUUACAACCCAGAUACAGAAGAGGAAUACGACGAUGAUGCCUUUGUUAUACCUAGAUCUACUAGUGUGAUAGUAAAAAGAUCUCCAGCAAUAAAAUCAUUCUCUGUACAUAGCCGACUUAAAGGGAACGUAGGAGCAGCAGCUCUUGGGAAUGCAACAAGAUAUGUUACUGGUAGGCCAAGAGUGUUACAAAAGAGGCAACAUACUGCCACAACUACUGCUAAUGUUAGUGGUACAACAGAAGAAGAAAGAAUUGCUAGUAUGUUUGCUACACAAGAAAACCAAUGGGAACAAACGCAAGAAGAGAUGUCUGCAGCCACACCCGUUUUUUUCAAGUCACAGACGAAUAAGAAUUCUGCGCAAGAGAACGAAGGCCCACCACCACCAGGUUAUAUGUGCUACCGUUGCGGGGGCAGAGAUCACUGGAUUAAGAAUUGUCCUACAAACAGCGACCCAAAUUUUGAAGGAAAAAGAAUCAGAAGAACUACAGGUAUUCCAAAGAAGUUUUUAAAAUCAAUUGAAAUAGAUCCCGAGACAAUGACGCCGGAAGAGAUGGCUCAGCGAAAGAUUAUGAUCACAGACGAGGGGAAAUUCGUGGUUCAAGUUGAAGACAAGCAAUCAUGGGAAGAUUACCAAAGAAAAAGAGAGAACCGGCAAAUCGAUGGCGACGAAACAGUAUGGAGGAAGGGCCAUUUCAAAGACCUGCCUGAUGAUUUAAAAUGUCCUUUGACAGGAGGUCUUUUGAGGCAGCCCGUAAAGACAAGCAAGUGCUGCAACAAGGACUUCUCAAAAGAAGCGCUGGAAGACGCACUAGUGGACAGCGACUUUGUAUGCCCCAAUUGCGAAACUCGCGAUAUCCUACUUGAUUCAUUAGUACCCGAUCAGGAUAAGGAAAAGGAGGUCAAAGCGUUCUUGAAGAAGCAAGAAGAAUUGCACGGCAAUUCCAAAGAUGGCAACCAGCAGGAAACUAAGAAGAUGAAAUUAGUGGAUACAACCGGCAUCACUGGUUUGAACAACAAUACCAACCUGCCGACCUCUGUAAAUACCGGCGGUACGCCAGUGCCACCUGUACCGCUGCCUUUCGGUAUGCCUCCUUUCCCCAUGUUUCCAAUGCCUUUCAUGCCUCCAGCGCCAACUAUCACAAAUCCUCAUCAAACAGAUGCAAGUCCCAAGAAAUGA